UGUUGUAAUGUAUCUUUCUAUGAAUAGUACAUAGUCAGUAAAUAUUUUUCAGUAUUGAAGGAGACUUAUUCAAAGAGGAUAUCUAGUACAGAGUAAAAAAUGCUCUGGAUCUUAUUCCUCUCAACCAUCCUUGGUUUAAGUUCAAGCCUGGAGAAUGGUUUGGUCCGAACACCUCCGAUGGGUUGGAUGUCAUGGGAGAGGUUCCGUUGUAACACUGACUGUACAACUUAUCCUGAAGACUGUAUCAGUGAAAGAUUAUUCCGCGAGAUGGCGGACAUGUUGGAGGUUGGAGGUUACAAGGAGGUUGGGUACCAGUACAUUAUCAUUGACGACUGCUGGCUAGACCACACCAGGGAUAAGGAUGGAAAACUGCAACCUGACCCUCAAAGGUUUCCGUCCGGGAUACGCAACCUGUCCGAUUAUGUUCACAAACUGGGAUUAAAGUUUGGAAUUUAUGAGGAUUAUGGGAAUCUAACCUGCGGAGGAUAUCCAGGAGUUUUGGGACACAUGGAAACCGAUGCAAAUACGUUCGCAGACUGGCAGGUUGAUUAUGUAAAGCUGGACGGAUGUUACUCAGACCCUGAUACUAUGAUAACAGGAUACCCAGAGUUCGGCAGAUAUCUGAAUAAAACUGGACGUCCCAUGGUUUACUCCUGUAGCUGGCCCGCAUAUCAGAUCGGACACAACCCCAACUAUACUGCUAUAUCGGAGCACUGCAACCUUUGGAGAAACUUUGAUGAUAUAGAGGAUUCCUGGGCGUCCCUUCUCUCUAUCAUUGAUUUCUAUGGAGAUGAUAAGGAUAAGUUUGGUUCAGUUGCUGGCCCAGGGCACUGGAAUGAUCCGGAUAUGUUGAUAAUAGGGAACUAUGGUCUAUCUGUGGACCAGGCCCAGGUUCAGAUGGGGAUGUGGUGUCUCAUGGCCGCUCCUCUUAUCAUGUCCAAUGAUCUGAGAAAGAUGAGACCGGAGUUUGCGGAGAUAUUGCUCAACCGGGACGCAAUUAAGAUAAAUCAGGAUCCUCUUGGAGUACAGGCAUCAAGAAUUCUGAGACAGGGGUAUAUAGAUGUUUACAGUAAACCUAUUCUUCCCUCCUAUCAGAACAAGUAUUCUGUUGCUAUCGGUUUCUUGAACCGAUGGACCUCUGGAACUCCUAUCCGGGUUAGUUUUGCUCUCUCCGAGCUCGGAUUAAACCAUCCUUCUGGAUAUUCAGCAUUCGACAUUUUCUCCGGAAAACCGCUGGGAAAUUUCUCUCCAAAAUCAACCUUUACGGCCGACGUAAACCCAUCAGGAUUCCUCCUGGUUCGGUUUAAUCUUCUCCCUGGUCGAAUAAGGAAGACAGGCUCCAGGUCAGAGAUAGGAAAACUGAACCUUCAGUUUCCAGGUCUUACUGGAUGGAAAACAGAACUUUAAUUCUCCAUCUUUAAUCGUUAAAUAAAUAUAUUUUAAAAAUCCUUUCUUGAA